AUGCCACCUCAGCCUUUGUCAGAGUUCAUGGAUGAUGCUGAAGGCCUUGGUAGUGCAUGUGAGGGUCUCGUUGAGAGAGGUUCCAGCAGUGAAAAUGAAGAUCCCACCACUAAUAAUGAGAGUAACCGCAAAGAUAUUAAAUGUGAGAUUAGCCACUUGGCAAAGCACAAAGAAGCAUACCCAUUUCAUUGUCAUAUCUGUGGAAGAAGAUACAAGAAGGACAGGUUUUUGAAGAACCAUGCAAUAACACAUGAUGGAACAUCGAAGGGCAGGAAACGGAAGAGGAAAUCAAAGGACAUUAGGACCGAUCAGCCAAGCCUUGAUGAUCCUGUUACAAUAAAUGGUGUCGUUCAAGAACAAUCAGACAAACCGCUAUCCAGUACUUUGAAAAAAUGCAUGUUUUGUGGCCUUUUUUAUAUCAAAAAUAUCCUCAGAGAGCAUUGUAAUAUACAUAUUGCAAGAUCUGUUGCUACUGAAAACCAUUCAACUGGCCCAACACCUGAAAUUAAUCACACUGCUCCACCUUCAACGCUCUCUGCAAAUGGGUCAAACCAACGGAUCCCAGAGACAAAUAAUGUUUCUUUUUCAUCUGAUGACAAUAAGCUGGAUAAAGAAGAAUGUGAAAAGGGUCUCUUCAUGGGUUUUCUAAACCUAAAGCCCAAAUCAUCUUCUCCAGAGAAACCAAAACAAUCCAUAAUGUGGAUCGCAGCACUGGAUCCAGUGGUCAGUUGUCAAACUUGGCAAUUAGACACCACAGGGAAAUUGGAUGACCGUGGCAAAGGGAAUAAAGGAAGACAGGGGGGUAAAGCGGGUGGAUCUGUGGUUCCUGACAGAGAAGAUGCAAUCAAAAAGGUUCCUUUGCUAAAUGAAUAUCCUGAAAGGUCAUCCAUGAGUGGAAGUGGAACUGAAAGUCCAUCUGUUUCUUCAGAUACUGCAACCAAUGUGGAAAAUCAAAUCCAACAGAUGCUAAAUCAUGGUGUUUCAGUGGACAUGUCAGAAGAUACACGGAGUGAACCUAUGCAGACAGGUAAGAUAUUCGUCUACUACAAUCCUCACAAUUUUUGAAUUUUAUAAUUUCUCUGUGAAACAGUUAAGUAAAUGUUCAGUGGGUAUAAUUAUUGGAUAUUUAAAAUGUUUUAUGGCAAUAGCUCCCUCUAUUGGCAGAUUAUUUACAUUACUGAAGAUUAUUACAGUUUAUUCUGUGUCAAGGAUCUAAAUAUGGGCGAUGGUGCUGCUUAUUAAACUCUGUGAACGAAUUGCUUUAUGUGUCACAUCCAGUGAUUCCUCGUUAUAAAAUAAAUUGACACUUUGUAAUAUAACCCCCUCCCCCCCAUUCUUACUGCUGAUGAGGAAUCUUUUUGUCAAACCUUAAAAAAACCAAACUAUGACUUCACCUCGAACAAGUGGAUUGCUCUAGUUGGUGGGAGACACGUUUGUUUAUGAAAGUAUUCUAACACACUGCUUUAGGAUGUUUUUUUUAUAUAUUUAAUUACAUUUAUUUCUGUGUGAAUGACUAAGUGUAUGUUUAAAUAAUUACCAAUGAUAAAAGAGUGCUCCAGGGAACCAAAAUUAAUCUGGAAUUUUCUGUUUAUGUCUUUUUCAAAUCCUUUUAGAAAAAACAGAGGAAGAUCAAAACAAGAAGAAGGAAACCCAAUCUCCAGUUUGUUACGAUUGUGGAAAAAGUUUUGCUUCAAAAAGUUACCUUAGUAUCCAUCUCCGUUCACACACUGGUAAGCUACGUUUAAAAUAAGAAAAUAAGAGUCUUGUGUUACAAUGGAAAUGCUGAAAUCCUUAUGAAAUUAGUUUGUAGACUUUGGUUAUCGCUCCGAACUGCCCUAUACAGAGACAAAAAAUAACAAAUAUAUUUAUUUAUUCCAUACACUGUACACACUUUUUAUCCAGCAGAGAUUAAAUUUGUAUCUUCUUACUUAGUCCAUGAAUUAUUAAUAUUUGAUAAGUUUUUCAAAUCGUUUCAGAUUGUCCGAUAAGAUUUAAAAUUAUUGUUUAAAAAAAACCAAUAUAUCAAAAAUAUUGUAAAACUUGAGCAUUUUUCAAAAAUAAUUUUAGAAAUUAGUCCAGAAAUAUGUAAUGAUUUGAAAAGAUAAUCCAAAAAAUUUAAACUGAGGCCUUAGUUUGGUCCAUAGCUUGGAGUUUUUGUAUUUCUACUUCUAGUUAAGAAUUAUUUUGGUCAGUUUUAAAAGGGAGUCCAAAACUUUAAUUUCUAUAAAACAUUGUAUUGGAUGAAGGUAGGUUACAUUUUAAGAUUUUUUUUGCUACCUCCUCUAUAAAUUAAUGUAUAAUAAAGCCUAUUGACAGCUCGCUUCUAACAGAUGUUUUUAUCAUUGCAGGCGAAAAACCUUACGAGUGUGAAAUGUGCGAUUAUACCUCAGCACAAGCCACCUCUUUAAAAUACCAUUUGCGACACCAUCAUCACUUUAAGGAAGAAGAUGCCAGUGCUAAAGUGAAGCAGAUGAGUAAAAUAGUUUCUCAAAAAUCUGCCAACUCUUCAUUAAAAGAAGCCAGGCCAGAUAGUGAGGAAGUGAAUACUCCUAAAGAGGACCGCAAACCUCCAAUGAAACCAUAUAAACUUCUUCAUUCUUUUCAAAACACACCUGGAGAUUUAAAUCCACCUUUAGGAAAUGGGGACCCUGUUAGACCAUCAUUCAUCCUUAAUGGUGAUGUUGAUGAAGCAUUACCUGGCCAGUCUGAAUCUGAAGAGGUGGAAGUGACUGACCUUGGACUUCAUCAAGGAAGUCAUACAACCCCUCCUGUAAAUCCUCAGUUUUUUCCAUUAAAUUUAUGUUUAAGAAGUGUUGAAGAUAACCAAAAAUAUCCUGCAACGCUUGCCUUCCCGAACAUUAAUAAAUGCAAAUAUUGUAGCUACAGUUCGUUGAACCCAGAAGUUUUGGAAAUGCAUAAUAAGCUUUCUCACAAAUCAUGUAUUGCUCUGGAGAAUGGAACCAAAUAUAAAAGCACUGGACCUUCUAUUAAAAAGAGACGUACGGGAUGCCCUGCUGCAUUAAAUGGAUUUGACAUUUUACCCUUACAGCAAGGUGGUCUUAUAGCUAAUGGUCCAACAUCACAGCCCAAGCUUCUCCUCAAUGAAAAGGCUAAACGGGCACCUGCUUUACCCUCUGUACCAGAUCUGAGAAAUAUAGAUCAAGAGAAUUAUUUAUUGCACAACAUUCAACACAAUGGACUUCUUUUGAAGAGAAUGCAAUAUCCUGAACCUAACCGAGCAACUUGGAAUGGAUCGAAAAAUCCCACCGAUGGAAAUACUGUGCAUAAAUCUCAAUAUACAUGCUCUGGUGACAAAUCAUUUACUAAGCCCAAGGACUCUAACCUAGAGCCGUAUGCCAAGAAGGCUAAGCGCAGUAUGACAAAUGACUUGACAAAUUCUGAUGUGGCCAAACAUUUAUUAAAUUCUGGUGUAUCUGGUAUUGCUGCUCAGGAGAUGGUUCCAGCAGAACAUUCAGCCUUGGCAUUGCCUAGCAAAGGUCUUCAAUCAACACCGUUACUUGGUCCAAGUGAUCAGUCAUCUGACUCAGGAUCUACCUCUGCUACUGAAGGUAAAGACCAUUUUGUUGAUCUAUAG